AUGUCUCAAGGCUGGGUCAACGCCGUCUACUACCCCAAUUGGCGGGUGUACAAGGGCCAGACACCCGCCUCGAUGCCUGUCAAUGCCGUCACUCACGUCAUGUACGCGUUUAUCAAAGUCAACACCGACGGGUCACUAAAGCUCAUUGACGACUGGGCCGAUACACAAAUCCCAGUCGACGGGACAAAGGGUUGUCUCUCGGCCACCGCUAAGCUCAAGGCCUCGAAGCCGAGCAUCCGCACCCUCGUGUCCGUCGGUGGUGGCACGGGCAGCGCCGAGUUCCCGGCUCUGGCCGCCAAUCCUACUGCCCGCGCUCGUUUUGCCAAGGAGAUCAAGGCCUUUUGCGACAAGUGGCAGCUCAAUGGCGUUGAUAUUGACUGGGAACACCCAAGCGAUGCCAAGCAGGGCAAAGACUAUAUCAGCCUCCUCAGCGACGUCCGCCAACAGAUGCCAGCGGGCAGGUACCUCAUCACAUCAGCCCUCCCACCGGGUCAAUGGGUCCUCAAGAACAUCGACCUCCGCCGAGCCGCCUCCCUCCUCGACUACCUGAACCUAAUGUGCUACGACCUCACGGGACCCUGGACCGACGUCUCGGGCAACCACGCGCAGCUGCUGGCCUCCAAGACGCUGGUGAGCAAUAACCCGAACCUCAAAGUCGCCUGCGCCGACGGCAUCACCUAUGUCACGAGCAACGGGUUCCCGAGCCGAAAAGUCCUUCUCGGUAUCCCGGCCUACGCGCGCACCUUUCCUAAUGCGAAAGGGCCGGGUGGAUCGACGAAGGGGUCGGCUGAGGUUGACUACUGCGACAUGUCGAAUGAUAGUGUUGAUAAGGCGGCUGUGGAUACGACUGCCGCCGCUGCCACGUAUGUUGAUCCCAAGUACGGGUUCAUGACUUUUGAUGUGCCGAGAUCAGUGGCGAUCAAGGCUCAGUAUGCGAAGAGCAAGGCUCUUGGGGGGUUGUUUUACUGGACUGGUGUGGGAGACCGGAAGGGGAGGCAGAGUUUGGUUCAGGCCGGGUUUAAUGAGUUGAAUGGCAUAAAAUAA